CCCGCAUGAGUUUCUGGAAGAGCCAGCAGCACAUUCAAAUACGGUGUUUUGACUGAGAGAUUUUAUCUCGAACCUCGUGGGAUCUCUGGCCUAUCCGAACAUCAAAUCACUGAGACACCUGCGAUGUCGCCCAAGGACCUCACAGGAAAACGCUCCCUGAGGACAGGCAAGCGUAUAUCGAAAGCAUAUAUUGAUAGUCUUCACGAGCGAAUAGCGUCUGUCCAGCACCGCCUUUCCCAUCAUGCCUCCAGCAGGUUGACUUCGGAGCGACGGGAACACUCGACCAGUGACGACCAGAAUCAAGGUUUACCACCGGGACAUGCGCCCCUCAAGUCGUCUGGGAUACAUGGCGGGAGGGAACCGAAAGCCCCUCUUACGAAUCCUCUGGCCUUUCAUAUCACCGAUUGGGCAACAGGCCCUAUGGGCAAACCGCUAUUCAUGGGCACGUCGUCUACGUGGGCCUUCGGUCGCCGGGUGUUAGGGAUGACCCAUAUGCGACUGACGGGCCUACCGCUGACGCCCGAUCCAGACAAAUUGCUGUUUGAUCGGCAUGUCUAUGACCCCGGGUGGGAUGGAAACAAAGCCAAUACUCCUAGUAAUGUGUUUGAUGUCUCAAACCUUCCGACGGCCGAUUUUGCCCGCUAUCUUAUCAACUCAGUCAAGUUCCACUGCGGUCACCUCUUCUAUCUUUUUGAGGAAGAACCGUUUAUGAAACAGUUUGCCGCCUUCCAACAGAACCCCGCGGAAAAAUCGCGUUCUUCGCCGCUGUGGUUUUGCCACUACUUGCUAGUCCUUGCAUUUGGUAAGGGUUUUGUGGUGCAAUCGGUGCGAUCGCGAAGUCCUCCGGGGUAUGAUCACUUCACCCAAGCCAUGCAAUGUAUGCCUGAUCUCACUUUCUUUGACGGCGACCCAAUCGAAAUGACGCAGGUACUCUGCUGCGCCGCGCUCUACCUGCAGUGUCUUUACAGACGUGGACCAGCCUACCGCAUGCUGGGCACGGCGCUACGCUGGGCUCUAGAGCAUGGCAUGUAUACCGAAAUGCACGGGCUCUGUCUAGAUGAAGCAUAUGUACAGCGGUGCAGCCUCGUGUGGUGGACCAUCUACACGCUCGAACGUCGGAUGUCGUCUCUGCUAGGGGUGCCGAUGGGAAUAUCGGAGGAGAGCAUAAGUGCUUCGUUUCCCUCGAUAUCCCAAGAGAUCCAGGGCGCCAAUGUGCUCGAGAUGCAAGUGAUGCUGUGUCAGAUCUUGGCAAAAGUGGAUCUCACUGUGUACGGUAGCGAUGGGAAACUUGACAGUCGGUACCUGAGCGCCACGCAGUCCGUUCUCCGCGAUAUCGCCAACGUGACCGUACAGCUGAACGCUUCGUUCGAUUUAUACGCCAACGGGUCCAUGAGUGGCACUUCGCGGAUCUCGGCGCAUUUGCAUCUGCUCGAGCAUCAGUGCAUCAUUCUUACGACCAGGCCGCUUUUGUAUAUUUUCCUUCAGUCGAAGCUGGGCCAGUCCGAUCCGGCACUCAUGGAAUGGCUGCAAUCCGCGACGGUCAAAGGUCUGCUCCAUGCAUGCGUGGAGUCUGCCCAGCAAAUUCUCCGGAUUCUAUCCAACCUUCUCGAACAGGGACUCCUAGAAACAUUCCUUCCUUUUGACAUGGACGCGGCAUUCAUCUCCACAAUCCCUCUCAUGAUGGCCGCGACAAUUGAUCAAUCACUGCUACAGGACCAUUCACCCUGGUCCCAGCGUGCCUACACCAUAUUGGAAGAUAUGAGCACCCGCGGCAACAUCUGCGCCCGACUGGCGCAGUCGGAGUUGAAGCAGUUGGAUGACGAGCUUGCUCAAUUAUUCCUGAAGAACAAUGUGCCCACGGCCCUGGCGAGCAGUAUUCGUGGACCUGAAGAUGGCAGUGGCCCCAUUCAGAUCUUAAGCCCGGGCGCUCCUGAUGGCUAUACCCAAUCGCUUGAGCUGGAAUUUGCGGACAGCUUUCAACAGCACUAUGAACUCAGUCCCGAGCAAUUAAUGGAGCUGGCUAACUCAUUGGAUUUGAACAGCUUGACCUGGCCUCUUCCGUCAAUGGAUGACAUCCCGGCCCAUGACCUCUAGACAUCACAAGAUCAGGGCGGGUGUUACUAUAGGUGUUCUGUCUGCUGUAGCCGUGACCUAAUCAAUAUCAUUAUGAGGUCGUUCAUCUACUGACUGUUUAAAAAUGCGGGCAUUGGAGAACACCCUCGACAAAACCCAACAAUAGAUGUAAAAGAAAAUUUGAUCAACGAACAGGUAUAGUGCAUACUACA